AUGAAGACGGAUCAGCGCAUCGGCCAGUACAACAUCAUCAAGACCCUGGGCGAGGGUUCCUUUGGAAAGGUCAAGCUGGCCGUCCACCGGGGCACGGGGCAACAGGUCGCCCUCAAGAUCAUCUCGAGGAAGAAGCUUAUCAGCCGCGAUAUGGCAGGGCGGGUGGAGCGCGAGAUUGAAUAUCUGCAGCUGCUGCGGCAUCCGCACAUCAUCAAACUCUUCACCGUCAUCAAGACGCCGACCGAAAUCAUUAUGGUCCUCGAGUACGCCGGUGGUGAGCUUUUCGACUACAUCGUCCAGCACGGCCGCAUGGAGGAGGACGAAGCCCGCCGUUUCUUCCAGCAGAUGCUCUGUGCCGUCGAGUACUGCCACAGGCACAAGAUCGUACACCGGGAUCUCAAGCCUGAGAACCUGCUCCUCGACGAGAAGCUGAACGUCAAGAUCGCCGACUUUGGCCUGAGCAACAUCAUGACCGACGGCAACUUCCUCAAGACGAGCUGCGGCAGCCCCAACUACGCCGCCCCCGAGGUCAUCGGCGGCAAGCUGUAUGCGGGGCCUGAGGUUGACGUGUGGAGCUGCGGCGUCAUCCUGUACGUCCUGCUCGUCGGCAGGCUGCCCUUUGACGACGAGCACAUCCCGAGCCUGUUCGCCAAGAUUGCCCGCGGCACCUACGCCGUACCAAAGUGGAUGAGCCCAGGCGCCGCCCACCUGAUCGAGAAGAUGCUCAAGGUCAACCCCGUACAGCGCGCCACCAUUCCCGAGAUCCGCCAGGACCCUUGGUUCAUGAAGAACCUGCCCGAGUACUUGCAACCGCCCAUCGAGCCCUUCUACAACACUGGUAUCGACCCAGACAAGGCCAUCAAGCCCUCCGACAUUGCUCCCAACGCUCCAGCCAGAGUCCAGGAGAAGCUGCACAACGAGGUCACAGAGAAGAUCUCCAAGACCAUGGGCUACGGCAAGCAGGAUGUGCAGGAGGCCCUGGAGGCCGAGGAGCCCUCCGCCAUCAAGGACGCCUACAUGAUCGUGCGUGAGAACAAGCUGAUGCAGGUCAAUCAGGCGCCCGACACCGGGUCCAGCCCUCUGGCCAGCUCUGCCCGCUCCAUCACCUCCACCAGCACAUCAGCAUCCCCACGUCCGUACGUUUCCAAGGUCAGCGUCAUGCCGAGCAGCCUGCCGGCAUUCCACAAGGACUUUAUGGAACGCGAGAGGAACGGGUUCGAAGAACCGCCUGUGCAGCCCAUCGCACCUGAACCGUCCUCACAGCCACGCUCAGAAGAUGAGCGGCAGGAGAGUAUCCGCCGCCUGAAACCGCACACCCGCAAUCCCGUGCGGCUAGACGAAUCCAACAAGAGACCACAAGGACUCACGCCCGUCAAUCCUCCCAAGAAGCCAAAGGCAACCCGGUGGCAGUUUGGCAUCCGCUCACGGAACGCGCCGUGGGAGGCUCUGGGCGUCAUCUAUCGGUCCCUGUCCAAGCUUGGCUGCAGCUGGGUCCCAGAUGAGGACUACGACAAGGAGCACGGCGGAGAAGAUGAGCAGCAGCAGCAGGCUCGGCACCGGCGCUCAGCGAGCAGCAGGACGAAUAACGAUCUCACCAAGAUCUACAAGCUUCCUGCAGACCCGUGGCACAUCCAGGUGCGGUGGGAGACGGAGAGGCUGCGCAUGGGAGCACACCUGCCAGAGGACCACCCGAACCACCUGUCCAACACGGUCAAGAGUGGUGACGAUGAGUACCAGGUGAUCGCGAUGCGCCUGGACAUCCAGAUCUAUGAGAUGGCCGAGGCAGGAUCGUACCUCGUCGACUUCAAGUGCGACGGGUAUGAGACCCCCGACGGUAAAAUUCUGGAGGAGAAGCAGGUUACCAGCCCGUUUCCCUUCCUGGAUCUGGCAGCCAGGCUGAUCAUGCAGCUUGCUGAUGCGGAAUGA